GAUCCGUGAACUCGUGAGAGCUGUACGACAAGCGACUGCCAUACUUGUUUUCGAUAGAAAGUUUAGACACUUUCGGAUAAACAGAGAGGGCACAAAUAUUACAGGAUGUCUGAACUACUGGGAUUCGUCCCAAGUUUUUCGAAACUUCGGGGGAAACCGAAUGACGAUUGGAUAGAUCGAAUGAGUCAUGUGUACACCGUGGUUGUCUUGGUGAUAUUCACAGUACUGGUCAGCUCUGGUCAGUUCUUCAAAGACCCGAUACAAUGCUGGCAUCCUGCAGAGUUCAAGGACUCAAUGGAAUCAUAUACGAAGUGGAACUGUUGGGUAAAAAACACUUAUUAUGUCCCUAUGAGUGACAUUAUUCCCGAGGAUAUUUCUUCCAGACAAGAAGCGGAAAUAACAUAUUAUCAAUGGGUACCAUUGAUCCUUCUGUUCCAAGCGUUCCUUUUUAAGUUCCCUAACAUGGUGUGGAGAAUAUUCAACGGUGGAUCAGGAUUAAAUCUCGACAAAGUUGUCCGCUUUGCUGAGAAGACGCAGAUGGUGAGUCCAGCUGACCGUGACGACACCAUAAACUGCCUGGCCAAGUUUAUGGACAAGUGGCUUGAUUCCAAUAAAGAACACCGAUGGAAUGUUGUAGUUCGGACCAAGCAUCAAAUUUCAAGGUUCAUGUGUUUCUUCUGCAACAAGCGAGCAGGGAAAUAUUUGACGGCGAUGUAUCUGUUCGUUAAAGUCCUUUACGUAGCGAACGCAAUCGGCCAGCUUUUCUUACUGAAUGCAUUCAUGUCUACAUCCUAUAACUUUUACGGUUUCGAAUUUCUUGAUAAUCUCAAUUCGGAUCGUCCCUGGAGAGAGUCCCCUCGCUUUCCUAGGAUCACACUGUGUGAUUUCCAGAUCCGCCAACUCCAGAACAUCCAGAGAUUUACUGUACAGUGUGUACUUCCGAUCAACUUGUUCAACGAAAAGGUCUUCAUUUUCAUCUGGUUCUGGUUGAUCUUUAUCGCCGUUCUUGCCUGCAUUAACCUCUUCCGUUGGCUGUAUCUCAUCGUCUUUGCAAAGAAUAAAGUCGAUUAUGUGAAGAAGUAUCUAAAAAUCAACAACGAACUCCACACCAACUUCGAUAAGAAAAUGUGCACACGAUUCGCUGAAAACUAUCUCCGUGACGACGGCGUAUUCGUGCUCCGAUUGGUCGCGAAAAAUUCAACAGACAUUGUGGUCACCGACCUUGUGCGUGACCUCUGGAAAAUCUUCAAAGAGAAACAGAGCACUAAAAAGAACGAGCUAGAACCAACCAUGGAGAACAAUUUCGAUGAUGCAAAAGAGAAAGAACCGCUAACAUGACGAUGUCCAUGCUGCGACACUGACGACGUCAAUUGACACGUGAUUAACACGUGACACAUUUUGUAAAUAGGCGGGAAAAAACAGCAGACGGACCAGUGUGGCAGCAGGUAUUGGUAGUGCGGUAGGCAGGUAACUUCCGGUCCCAUUCUCUUCAAGGCCUGGUCAGUUCCGCGAUCACGACACCCAACAAUUUCGACAUUGAAACAUAUUUCGUUGAUUUGUGUCAAAUUUUUGGAAUUUGAUUUACUCUUUUAUAGAGGUAAAACUUACCAGGAUUUGAAGAGCCGGCCUGGAUCCCCAGUUUCAAAACAUAUCUAAAAAUAGAUUUUAUUCCUCCACUUACGAUGUUAUUGGAUAAAAUUAUGUUUUGGAACUGGGGUCAGUGAAUGGUGACUGUUAGCGCUGUCCGCGUUGCUUUGCCUCGCUGGCCAUAUUGUAGGUGCUAGGUGCGUGAAUCAUUCCAGUGUUUGAUCCAAGGAACCCUUUUAGACGUUUUUGCUUAUAGCGUUGAUCACUUUGAAGACUAUUUCCUAAAUUUGUCAGAAUUGAGAAAUAGUAUAUUGCCAAGAUAUUUUUAGUGAAUGUCAACUCGUCCAAAGGACCAAAUUACUGUUGACAAUGGUUAUCAUUCAUUGUGAUAUCACAUUUAUUGUACUAGUAAGUUGUGAAUUAAUUUUUGUUCUAGAAUUUCGCGAGACAUUUUCAAAAUUCGAAAUAGGGUAAUAUUUUUGUUUUAUUUCAAUAUACCUUCGUUUAUGAAUGUCAGUUGCCUUGAUAUACAAAUAUACUUGUCAUAAUUGCCAGACAAUUUCAAAUAUCCACAUUGUCUGUAUCUAUGGACAUUUUUCUGGUAACUUGACCGGACAAUAAAUAAAACGUGAGGUUUACUGUGAUAUGAUACUCUUUUUUCCCUAUUUUAAAUUGAAUUCAAUUUUAUUUAUUUUCUUUAAAUUUACAGUUAUUCCACGUUAUGUUAAUCUAUUUGUUAAAAAGCAUUUCUAACCGAACGUAAAAUCAUCGUUUCAUUUUCGCAAACAAUCUACAUCGUGUACAUCUUUCAGGUAUUCUAAAAUAAUCUUCUUAAAAUAUUGAGGUUUAGGUAAAAUUUUAUAAUAGAAUUUGUUUUGAUUGUUUUUCUUUGCGCAUUUCAUUAUUGUUUAUAUUCAUAUACUCAUUAUCAUAGGGGGCAUUAUAUGUUUGUGCUCAAAUGGCUGCCAGAACGUGCCUUAUGUAAAUACAGAUGUAUAUUGAUGAUAAUUGUAUACCAUAAGCAUUACAUAUAUAUUUUAUAACCAUUUUUCCUUGCUGAAGUUAACACAAAAUUACACCGUCUUCCAUUUUGUAUAGCAUUUUAGAUUAGUUUAAUAAUCAAUCGAUUUUAUGUACUAUUUUCUGCAUGUGAGUUUAGAUAGAUAAUUUUAAUCAACCAGUGAAGCUAUAUAUAGUACAAUAUAGACCACCACGUAGUUACAAAUGACGUCAUAAUUUGGUACCAAAGUUACCACAUUUCUCAUCAACAUUUAUAAGUUGAAAUAUGUAUUAAAAAGAGACUUUUUAGAUCACAUUUAUCAAUGAUUAAGACAGGAGAAAUAAGAAAAAUUAAUAGUGAAACUGAAAAAAUGGCUUGCAUCUUUUUUUCCAAAGCCAAGAUUGUCGCAUGACGUCAUUCAAGUUUUACGUCACAAUGAUUUACGCUAUUUGUUCACGUGUCAUACUUGUAACAGAUAAAGUCAGGUGAGUGUGAAAUAUAUAAAGUACCGACUUUUAGAUAAAAAAAAAAUGUCACAACGCGAAGAUAUGGACCACUGGGUGUCCUUGAAGGCGUUUUAAUUAACGCGAAGAUAUGGACCACUGGGUGUCCUUAAAGGCGUUUCCAUAAUUAAUGUAAUGGAUGUUAAAACACGAAUGAUAGAGUAGAUAUGAUUGAUAAUUACUAAUCAAAUUAAUUCACUUGUUAUAGUGUUCACUGUUUGAUCUUGCCAAAAUGAACAAAAUAUUUUUUUAUUUGCUUCAACAUUCUAUUGUGAUCUCAUAAUUGUUUGUGUAAACUUGAGCUCGGGUUGUUUAAAAGUAUAUAAAUAUUUUUGAAACAUUUGAUUUUGAUGUUUUAUCUGGAUCACUUACGUGUGUUAAGAUUUAUGACGAAAUAAAGUUUACCACUUAUUUAUAUAGGGGUAUGGAAGCUGAUAAGCAUGGUGUUGAUAUUAAAGUAUUGGCAUUCCAGAGUAUUAUAUGUCUGGACACGAAAAUUGCACUGUGUUUGUAAUUCACUCGGAACACAUGUUUUCUCUUUGAUAAAACCGGAAGCCGAUAAUAAGGAAAACACGAGGUAUUCCGAUAGGAUAUUUCACUGCACACGAAAUGUGGUUUGUUUUCUACGAAAUUGGAUGGAUGUUGUACUUAAAUAUUUGAUAUGUGAGGUUUGUGUGAAGCUUUCUCUAUAUGGCUGAAUAAGUAUGUAAAAGAGAAAAUUAUACAUGUUAAAAAGUACUGGAAAAUGUAUAAAUUUGCAUGCUUUGCAAGAAUAUAAAAAAAACGAUACACUGUGCAUCUGAAAAAACGCUGCAUGUGUAAAUGUUUCCCGAUACCAUGUCUGUCUAACAUACGGACACCACACUGUCUGUCCUUCGUCCGUCUGCUGUAUAAAGUCUUUGUGUGAAGGAGGAGGACACUUAGUUGUAAAGCAUUUUCAUGAAUAAAUCAAAUAUCACAAGAA